CCUCUUUUUAAAUCCGUCUAUACACACCUGAGUGUAGUAGGCGUGACGUAAAUAGUUAUAAAAGUAAACCUUAAGAAAAGGUGAAAAAUGGCUAACAGAGGUUCUUUCUGGUUUUUAAAAAAUGUGUAUGCCAUAAGGAGCUUGAUUAUAAUUAUAAUUGCCUUCGUAGGACCAUGUAUUCUGCUUACUAGUAAAUGUGAUACUCCGGAGUCGAAAUGCCUUUACGUUAUAUGUGUGAUGGGACUGUGUUAUGUGACGGAAGCAGUCCCAAUAUCAGUCACAUCCUUGUUUCCUAUCUUCCUGUUUCCAAUGCUAGGAAUAGCAACAGCAAAACACGUGUCUUCAAAAUAUGUAAAUGAUACAUCAAUGCUGUUUUUCGGAGGUCUGAUAGUGGCUGUUGCUAUUGAAGAAACAGGACUACACAAACGUAUAGCUUUAGGAAUUAUGAAGGUGGUAGGAGUUUCACCAAAUAUGUUGCUUCUUGGAUUAAUGGUACCUACAUGGUUUCUGUCUAUGUGGAUCAGUAAUACAGCGACAACAUCUAUGAUGUUACCCAUUAUCACAGCUGUUGUUGAUCAAAUGAAAAUAGCUGAAUCAGAUGAUGACUCAAACAAUGUCUCAGAUAAGAAAGAUAAUUCGAACGGACCAAUCAGUGAAAAGGAUAUCAAAAUUGAAAUUAGUGAUACACAGAGGAAAACGACACAACGUAAAUCAGAAGAAAUAAAGAGGCUCAGUAAAGCAUUUGCACUUAGCGUCGCUUAUGCCGCUAAUACUGGAGGAAUUGCAACGCUUGUUGGUACACCACCGAACCUUGUUUUACAGGCAGUUGCAAAUGACAAGUACGAUGCGGUUAAAAAAGGCACAGAUUCAGGAAUAACGUUUGCAAACUGGAUGGGAUUCGCAUUUUUAUUAUCGCUCAUUAUGCUCAUUGUUUCAUGGUUUUGGAUUCAAUUACUUUUCAUUCGAUGUGGGUGUUUGAACAAGGCAAACAGAAGUAGAUCUAAAGCCAUCAAGAUAGCAAUAGAUAAGGAGGUUAAAAAACUGGGAGAAAUUACUUUUGCAGAAAUAACAGUGUUGAUAGUAUUUAUCUGUUUAGCAAUACUGUGGAUUUUCCGUGAUCUUCCUGAUAUUCACGGCUGGUCACUUGGAUUUAAAACUAAGUACGUUAGUGACUCAACAGCAUCCAUCUUAAUGGCCUGUUUACUUUUUAUUUUGCCUGCAGAGAUACCAAAUGUUUUCUGUUGGAAUAAAAUUUCAAGCAGCACUAAUGAAUACGAGAAACCAACCUACCGACCGAUUUUGAAUUGGCAAGUAACUAACCAGAAAGUGCCUUGGGGAGUUUUAGUACUCCUCGGUGGUGGAUUCGCUCUAGCUGAUGCAAGUCAGGUUUCUGGAUUGUCUAAAUGGUUGAGUUGUGAGCUCAGUUCGAUAAAUGAAUAUGAACCCUGGAUCAUCAAUUUAAUAAUUUGUUGUGUUGUUGCUGGAGCAACAGAAGUAACAAGCAAUACUGCUACAGCCACAUUACUACUGCCUAUCAUGUUUGAUUUAGCCAUAGGAUUGAACCUUCAUCCAUUAUAUAUGAUGAUCAGUGUCUGCAUUGCUUGUUCUUUUGCUUUCAUGCUACCAGUAGCAACACCACCAAACGCAAUCGUGUUUUCUACGGGAUACUUGAAGAUUUACGACAUGGUACUUGCUGGUAUUGUUAUGAAUAUUAUCGGGCUCGGAGUAUUGACGCUGGCAGUUAACACAUGGGCAGAACCUAUAUUUGGUCUUGAUACAAUUCCGGAGAUGUUCAGGGCAACUAAUUCGAGCGAUACAAGUGAAAAUUGUAUUAAGCUGUGUGAAUUGUGAAAUCCAAUACCUAUACUUAUUUAAGAAAAAAACAUUUUGAUGCCAAGUAAAAGUGAGAAGCAAGCACAUCAUUUGACGUAAACAGGAGCUAGUAUAUUAAAAAAAAUCUACUCAAGAGAAAUCAUCUAACAUAAAGUAUACCGACCAAAGCAACCCUGACGUCAAAAUAGUUUUUAGGAGAUGACCAAACAGCGAAAGAACAUUCAUCUGUGGAUAGAAUUGACAUUAACUGUUUUUUAUAUACCACUUUAAUAUUACACUAUUCAAACAAAAUAGCAGAGUUCUUUUAUUGUAAAACUUAUUCUUUGACUCAUGUACUGAGUGCCGAUAUGAACGCAACACAUCAUAUUCCUGGUCCCUUUUGGUCCAUUUACAAAAGAAUAACAAACAAGUUCUGUAAAAGUAUUCAUCGUAUGAUCACACUGGACAAAUAGCAAAGGAUAAUUGUUGAUCUGCGUUACUUUUUGGUACACUUGCUAAAAGGGUUCAUUAUGAUUAGAAUUUUACAUCCAAGGUGGAACAUGUCAUUUUUUUAAUACAAAUGAGAUGAUUGUGGAGUCUAAAUAGAAAACAUAAAUAUCUGCCGAUUUGAUGUUUUCAUAAUUUUGAAAACACAUGUAGGUGUUUGAAGUACAGUAUAUUUGUGGUAUCAUUUGUUAUGCAAACGACAAAAACACACUUCAAACAUUUUACUGCAAUUGCUAUUUGCUGUAAUAAUUGGAAUAUAUUUUGAAAAAAUGCAAUAGGACUGUUUUGUUUGAGGACAAUGUCUAUUAAUUGGUUACAUUACCUAAUUGAGUGCAUGCAAUAUAUAAGUGGAAUCCUUAGUUUUAUAAGUAAACUUUAAUUUCAAAACAUCGUUAUUACAUUUUAUAACUAAUACGGAUUACAAAGAAGAGCUAAUAUAAUUCAUCUCACUAGAUAUGUGGCAAAAAGGUCAGAUGCUAUUUUCUUCUCCCAAAUGGUUGUCUGUAUGUCUUGACUUUUAUGUCUGUUUUUUGUGUAUAAAUAUAUAUACCCAAAAGUAUGUGACCCUUGUUUAAUUGUUAUUCUUUAAAUCGUUAUUUCCCCUUGAAAACCGUUUUGGUAAUUUUUGAAUCAAAUUGAUAAGAUGUGCAAUAAAUUUGGCAGGUUCAUAUUAUCUAAAAUUGAUAUUAAAGUGUCAUCAUAUAUAACAAGACAGACGUAAAAGAAACCCCUGUUAAUACCACAAAAAGGCGAUCAAGACAACAUAACAAUUGAAAUUAAUGCCUUACCUACGAAUUAAUAAGGUCACCGUUAAUAAAAUGUAUAUUGUUAAGUUUCUCCGCUAAUUUGGAAAAAAGUAAAUAUCUCAUAGUUCCAAAUUCUUUUCUAUGAAUCAUUAAACAUUAUUACAUAUGUUGUAAGUUUUGGGGCAAUGAAUCAUAGGGAACCUUUUUUUAUUGAUAUAACAGGUGUUGAAUGCUACAAAGGAUUUGGACACUUGUAUCACUCAGUUUAUAUUCAUAGGAUUCGUAUUGUUUUUUAUUCCUUAUUCCUUUUUUUAUAAAUUGAUGAUUUUAAUGUAUUAUAACUUUGAAUUUAAAAAGGCAAAAUAAAUGCCUCAGCUAACAUGUGUGCAUGUACUAGAAGAUAUGUCUUUAAGCUGGCCACUUGACUAUUGUUUUGUAAAAAGGGGAAGAAGAGUAUGAUUUGUCCUAUGUAAAAUCUCCUUAAUCCUAACUUCUCGAUUAUUUUCGCUACGCCAAUUACCCUAGUAAUUUUGAUUGAAAUCUCAUGAAAUCAACUGUUAUUGUGAUUAAAUUAAUAUUGUACAGUUUUAAGGCAAAAGCAAGCUUCAUCUAAAUGGAGACUAGCAAAAAUUCAAAGGAACACGUUUGUUUAUAGGUUUUUUCAUUAAAGUUAUUUUACAUUUCAUCAGACAUUUAUCAUUGAAUACUUGAACCUUUCUAUGGCUCAUUAUUCAAAUUCAAAAUGGUACACAUCUAAUAAACAUAGUACUCUGGACUAUCAUGGGUUUGGUAUUAUAGGGACAAUCUAAAUAAUACAAAUGUAAAGACGUGAAUAGGGCUCGUUUAUCUGGGAUACAUUUAUACUGUAUGAUCAAUACUUGUAUAUAUUGCUUAUUUUUUUUUAUAUAUAAUGUAUAUCCUUAAUUCUGAUACGAUCAUUGUAGUCAGUAAAAAACAAACAAAAAAGAUGUCAGUUUGUGAUGCUAUAUUUAAAGAUGGUGUACAUUAUGAAAAAUUUAUGUAACAGUAGUAAAUUUGAAUUGAUGCCAAUAAUCAUGAUAAUAAUGAAAAGAUAUAUAAUUAUAUUUUUAACAGAUAAACUGAUAAUCGCAUAUUGUAUACAAAAUAGUAAUCUUAGUGUGUAUGUUACUAUCUAUCAAGGAAAAGAAAAUUAGUGAUUGAGACAAAAAGUCUAAAAAUACUUGAACGUUUUGUGUUUUAAAUAUACCUCAUUUACAUGUCCGCAGCCGUUUAGACAACGAAAUCUUUAUAACAACUGCAAUAUGUGUUAUUUGAAAUGUCAACACGUUUUUGUAAACAAAAUGAACGCGGAUAGUCUGCGGUAACAUGAACAUACGCAUUCGAUCCACAUUCAUCAAGUUAAAUUUUUUGUACAAAAAAAGGUCAAUUAUAUACAUCUUUCCCUCUAUCUUCUCACUCCAAUAUUUCAAAUGAGCAAAAAAAUUCAUUGUAUUAUAUAGAAUCAAACGAUUACGGAAAAAUACUCAUCAAGUUCAGGGUACGAUCAACAAAUAAAUAUCCGUGUACUUGUCAUUGUGGCAAUACAAAGGGGGUCUUAAUACAGUUUAACUAUAAAUACCUGUACAUAAUGUUAUGUGCACGGGAUAUAUAUAGUAUGAACUUAUAUUUACAACAGAAACAAAAGAUUCAAAAUUACGCCACUUCCAUAUAUUUCAUUCCUAAUGAACAUAGUGGUGAUAAACUGUACCCGUGUAAACUUUCACUGUUUUUACGGUCAAAGUCAUUAUCACCAGUAUUUAUUAAUUUUCAGAAAGAUGGAAAACCCUAAAAAUAGCUUAUUUUUAAGUGUGCUGAAAAUGUGAAUAUAAUAGAUAAAACAGAUAAAUGAUAGAAUUAAGCUUAAAAGAUGAAAUGUGUUAUACAAAUAUACAUGUUAUAUUGAUAUUAGUAUAAAAAACGUAAAUAUUGUUGUAUAUAUAAUGUAUAAUUUAUUGUGUAUAAAUGAACCAUGUUGUAUAUAUGAAAUUGAAAUUAAAAUGCUACAUAUCUGU